AUGCGCAGUCCGGUGUUUUGGAGCCUUGUUCAAUGGUUGCGAAGCACGGAAGAUGGCCAACCGCAGGACGGACAGAAGCAGGGUGUGCACAGGGCCGACGGGGCAGACUGGGAGGCACGACAGCGGAUACAACAGGCCAAGAUCACACAAGAUCAGCGUCGAGGGGAACUAGAGACGCAGCAAGACAAGCUGAGCCCCCAGGCUGCACCAGGUGAGGCGGAUUGA